GGAGGGAUUUAAGGGCUCGUAGCUGGGGAUUCUGAGCUGGGGUGAGGAUGUGGCUGUGGUCACAUACAAGGCACUGGUCUGGAUUCAUCCUGCUGAGCACUGAUGGUGCUGCUGGGGGACAGCGAGCUCCAACUCAACAGAGCUCUCCAAAGCCAGCAGAGCCACCCAGCCCUGAAGAUCCCAGUGGGACAAGCGCAGCUGUCAGCAGAGGAGACACUCAGCAGGGAGAUGCCGCUGGAGGACGGGGACCCGGCGAGGAGGAGGGGACAGCGGGCAAACGGCGAGGCCAGCGGGGCCCCCCACCCCGGGGGGGCGGGGGAUGACACGGCAGGUCCCCGGGGCAGCGGGACGGAGGUGCCGGCGGAGGGACGGGAGCCGGGGACAGCGCAGGGUGAGAAGGACAUGACCCCCAAGGGCGCAGGGGGACAGGAGGAAGCCCUGAUGGCCGAGCUCUCGGAGCUGGUGCAGAAGGUGGUGAAGAACAGCAGCUGGUGGGACCGACACGGCGUGGACAUCAGCAUCCUCGCCUGCAGCCUUCUCCUGCUCCCGGCAGGGUUCCUGUGCCUGCGGUCAGCCCAGGCCAUCCCUUUCCUGGUGGGUGUCCUCACCCUCGGCGUGGUGCAUCACACCUUGACCGUCAAGGGCAGCCACCUGGCCAGCCACAAUGCCUUGACUGAGUCCAAAUCUUGGGGCAAGGUGUGGGCCAUCUUCUUCAUCGAGCUCUGCUCAGCUUUCACGGCUGAGCAGGCCACCUACAACCACGUGAAGAUGCACCACGGCUACACCAAUGUCAUCGGCCUGGGGGAUUCCAGCACCUGGAAGUUGCCUUUUCUCAACCGCUAUGUCUACAUGUUCCUUGCACCUCUGGCAGUGCCCAUCCUAACCCCUCUGGUUGCCCUUGGUUUGUUGAGGAACGUGGAGUGGAAAACAGCUCUUCGGACCCUCUGCUGCAUGUUUCUGGGUCUGUGGUGCCAUUACUGGCUGCUCCUCCAUGUCUCGGGCUUCCAGUCACCAUGGUCUGCCCUGCUCUGCAUGCUGCUCACCCGGGCCCUCCUGGCCCAUCCCUACAUCCACGUCAACAUAUUCCAGCACAUCGGGCUCCCCAUGUUCGCGGCCGAUCGGAAGCCCAAGCGGCUCCACCUGAUGAGCCUGGGUGUCCUCAACCUGCCCCGCCACCCCCUGCUCGACUGGUCCUUCGGCCACUCGCUCAUCAGCUGCCACGUGGAGCAUCACCUCUUCCCCAGCCUCUCUGACAACAUGUGCCUGAAGAUCAAACCCAUUGUCUCCCAGUACCUGAAGCAGAAGAAGCUGCCAUACAAUGAGGACACCUACACCUCCAGGCUCCGGCUCUUCCUCCAGAGAUAUGAGGAGCUGAUGGUCCAUGCUCCCCCCAUAACGGAGCUGGUGGGCAUCCAAUGAGGAUGAGACCCCUGGGCUUAGGAGGCUGCUUCCCACAGGGACUUGCAGCAGUGAUGGUUUUAGCAGGAUCAGGGCUACAGAGACACGUGCUUCCUUGAAUCCA